GGCGUAUGCGGCCAGCAAGGAGUCUCACGCCACGCUGGUGUUCCACAACCUGCUGGGGGAGAUCGACCAGCAGUACAGCCGCUUCCUGCAGGAGUCCAACGUCCUCUACCAGCACAACCUGCGCCGCAUCAAGCAGUUCCUGCAGAGCAGAUACCUGGAGAAGCCAAUGGAAAUAGCCCGCAUCGUGGCUCGCUGCCUGUGGGAAGAGUCCCGGCUCCUCCAGAAAGCCACCGCAGCCCAGCAAGGGGGACAGGCGACACAUCCGACAGCAGCUGUAGUGACGGAAAAGCAGCAGAUGCUGGAACAGCACCUGCAGGACGUGAGGAAGCGGGUGCAGGAUCUGGAGCAGAAGAUGAAAGUGGUGGAGAAUCUCCAGGAUGACUUUGAUUUUAACUACAAGACUUUGAAAAGCCAAGGAGACAUGCAGGAUCUGAACGGAAACAACCAGUCAGUGACCCGGCAGAAAAUGCAGCAGCUGGAACAGAUGCUCACGGCGCUGGACCAGAUGCGGAGGGCCAUCGUGAGCGACCUGGCUGGGCUGCUGUCGGCCAUGGAGUACGUGCAGAAGAUGCUGGCGGACGAGGAGCUGGCAGACUGGAAGAGACGGCAGCAGAUCGCCUGCAUUGGCGGCCCACCGAAUAUCUGCUUGGACCGGCUGGAGAACUGGUAGGAGCUGGCUGGGGGUUGGCUCAGGUACUGAGAGGGGGCAUUGCAACACCUGCAGUGGAAGCGAGCUCUUUGCCUCUGGAAGCGUUCUUGCCAAAUGGGUUCUGAUGCCUGCACGCAUGGAUGUAAUCCCCUCGUCAGAUUGAUCCUGGAUAGCGGGCACCAGUGCUGGAACGGCGCUUUCGUCGUGGAGAGGCAGCCCUGCAUGCCCAUGCACCCCGACCGGCCCCUGGUCAUCAAAACCGGCGUGCAGUUCACCACCAAAGUCAGGUUGUUGGUCAAGUUUCCAGAGCUGAACUAUCAGCUGAAAAUUAAAGUCUGCAUCGACAAGGACUCGGGGGAUGUUGCAGCACUUCGAGGGUCCCGGAAGUUUAAUAUCCUGGGGACAAACACCAAGGUCAUGAACAUGGAGGAGUCGAACAACGGCAGCCUCUCCGCGGAGUUCAAGCACCUGACCCUGCGGGAGCAGCGGUGCGGUAACGGAGGCAGAGCCAACUGCGAUGCCUCACUGAUCGUCACUGAGGAGCUGCACCUCAUCACAUUCGAGACAGAGGUGUAUCACCAGGGGCUGAAGAUCGACCUGGAGACCCACUCGCUGCCGGUGGUGGUCAUCUCCAACAUCUGCCAGAUGCCCAACGCCUGGGCGUCCAUCCUGUGGUACAACAUGCUGACCAACAACCCCAAGAACGUGAACUUCUUCACCAAGCCCCCCAUCGGGACCUGGGACCAGGUGGCAGAGGUGCUGAGCUGGCAGUUCUCCUCCACCACGAAGCGUGGCCUCAGCAUCGAGCAGCUGACGACGCUGGCGGAGAAGCUCCUAGGGCCCGGUGUGAAUUACUCCGGCUGUCAGAUCACCUGGGCCAAGUUCUGCAAGGAAAACAUGGCUGGCAAAGGCUUCUCUUUCUGGGUCUGGCUGGACAACAUCAUUGACUUGGUGAAAAAGUACAUCCUGGCGCUGUGGAACGAAGGGUACAUCAUGGGGUUCAUCAGCAAGGAGCGGGAGCGAGCCAUCCUCAGCACCAAGCCCCCGGGAACCUUCCUGCUGCGGUGCAGAGGGAGGCGNGAGGGCGGCAUCACCUUCACGUGGGUGGAGAAGGACAUCAGUGGGAAGACCCAGAUCCAGUCCGUGGAGCCCUACACCAAGCAGCAGCUCAACAACAUGUCAUUCGCGGAGAUCAUCAUGGGCUACAAAAUCAUGGAUGCCACCAACAUCCUGGUGUCCCCGCUGGUGUACCUGUACCCCGACAUCCCCAAGGAGGAGGCGUUCGGGAA